CACUGACUCACACACACACUUUGUUUUCAUAACUCACCUGCUUCUAUGUUAAAUCAUUCUAUAUACCAUCCCAAGGUGUUGAUUUUGGUUCUUCUAUCUGAGGAUUGGUUGAGAUUUGUGACCUCAGAUUAUUUAAAAUUUUCUCAUUCUAACCCAAAUCAAAACCAUCAUCUCUUACCUAUGUUCCUUCUGUUCUGUACUGUUUCAAGUGUGUUUAGAUACAUCCACACAGCUGAACAGAGAUAAUAGCAUCAAAAUGAGCUUCUAUGAUUUCAAAAAGCAAGCUUCUUUCUUCCUCAAGGAGAAACUCAAGACUGCUAGAUUAGCUCUCACAGAUGUCACCCCUGCAGAACUGAUGACAGAAGAGGCAACCAGUGAAAAUCUAUUGGUUCCAGAUUCACCAACUCUCAGAUCAAUCUCAAGGGCUGCUUUUGAGCUUGAUGAUUAUUGGAGGAUUGUAGAGAUUCUGCAUAAAAGACUGCUUAAAUUUGAAAAGAAGAAUUGGAGGGCCUCUUACAAUUCCCUGAUUGUGCUUGAGCACCUGUUGACUCAUGGACCAGAAAGUGUUGCAGAGGAAUUUCAAGGUGACAAAGAUGUCAUCACCCAACUGAAAGGCUUUCAGUAUAUUGAUGACAGUGGGUUCAAUUGGGGCUUAACUGUCAGAAAGAAAUCAGAGAGGGUGUUGAAACUGCUGGAAAAAGGAACUCUUCUCAAGGAAGAGAGAAACCAUGCUAGAAGGUUAUCUAGAGGAAUUCAAGGUUUUGGAAGCUUCCCCCAACGUUCAGCUCCAGCACAAGGCAUUCUACGCGAGAAAUCAUUGCCAAUCACACUUGGCAGAUGCAACUCAGACUUAGAAAACAAUGAAGAUAAUGAAAACAAGUCCACUAGCUCAAACAAUGGAAUGGACACAGCUUCUGUCAAAACUGAUAGCCAUGAAGGAGGACUUUUGAAGUCUCUGGAUAGUGUGGAAACCAAGAGAUACCAGGAUGAUCUUGGCGAAACUGUAAUAAGUUCUAAAGAAAACUUGAAACCUAGCAGGGAGGAAUUCCAUCUGUGGAAUUUGAAAGGGGAAUCCAGGUCACUUCUGGAUUGUGGAGAAGAUGAUUCCGGGCUUGGCAUCUCCGGAACAGAAGAUAAUCACCCUUUUAAUUCAACAACAGAAAUGCAUGUCACUGCCUCCUUGGUUCUUGCUAGAGAUCAAGGAAUACUACAAGGGUGUCGAAGCAAUUUGAAGGUUUGAAUGAAGUAAACAAGUUGUUUUGGAAAUUGGAAAAAUCCCAUUUUCCAUUCAGAAAAGCUUUCUAGUGAAUGUCUUAUGGUACAUCUAGUCAUGUGUGUGGGUUUACCAUUAUGUUCCUGCGAGUACAUCAGCCUACCAUAAACAAUCACAGUUUUUUUUUCUUCCCUGAACGUGGAUCUUGGAGUGCAGCCUUCACAAGCCACUGUAAUGGCAAUCACAUAACCUUCUUAAGCUACAGUGCAUGUUUGAAAGAUCUUUGAGAAUUGUGUGUUUUAUAAGAAUCUUGUAUUUUGUAAGCUCUUAAAAGAGUAGCUUUUCCAAUUGUAUACCCGAUCAUGGACUCAGCAAUGCUUAACCAAAUAUGUGGACAGACAA